CUCGGGGAUGGAGGCCCUGGCGCUAGAGGCCUGAUUAUCAGCGCUUUCCUCCUGGAGAGGGCCGGAAGAGCCUUCCAGACAGCCGCAGAGCGGCGUGAACAAGGGACCUCAGGAGCCACCCGCGUCCCCACCUCGCUGUCUGCUGCCUUGUCUCGGCCUCCCCUGCUGGGGCAGCCGCCACCAUGUUCUCGUGUGUGAAGCCCUACGAGGACCAGCACUACUCUGCCCUGAAGCGGGCCUGUCUGCGCAGGAAGGUGCUCUUUGAGGACCCCAACUUCCCAGCCACCGAUGACUCGCUGUACUAUAAGGGCACUCCAGGCCCCACAGUCAGGUGGAAGCGGCCCAAGGACAUAUGUGAGGACCCGCGCCUCUUUGUGGACGGCAUCAGCUCCCAUGACCUGCACCAGGGCCAAGUGGGCAACUGCUGGUUUGUGGCGGCCUGCUCGUCGCUCGCCUCCCGGGAGUCACUGUGGCAGAAGGUCAUCCCAGACUGGAAGGAGCAGGAGUGGGACCCCCAGAAACCCAAUGCCUAUGCGGGCAUCUUCCACUUCCACUUCUGGCGCUUUGGGGAGUGGGUGGACGUGGUCAUUGAUGACCGGCUGCCCACAGUCAACAACCAGCUCAUCUACUGCCACUCCAGCUCCCGCAACGAGUUCUGGUGUGCCCUGGUGGAGAAGGCCUAUGCCAAGCUGGCGGGCUGUUACCAGGCCCUGGAUGGAGGCAACACGGCGGAUGCGUUGGUGGACUUCACAGGAGGCGUUUCCGAGCCCAUUGACCUGACUGAGGGCGGCUUCGCCAACGACGAGGCCAAGAGGAACCAGCUCUUUGAGCGCGUGUUGAAGGUGCACAGCCGGGGAGGCCUCAUCAGUGCCUCCAUCAAGGCAGUGACAGCAGCAGACAUGGAGGCCCGCCUGGCGUGUGGCCUGGUGAAGGGCCAUGCGUAUGCCAUCACUGACGUGCGCAAGGUGCGCCUGGGCCAUGGCCUGCUGGCCUUCUUCAAGUCGGAGAAGCUGGACAUGAUCCGCCUGCGUAACCCCUGGGGCGAGCGGGAAUGGAACGGGCCCUGGAGUGACACCUCGGAGGAGUGGCAAAAAGUGAGCAAGAGUGAGCGCGAAAAAAUGGGUGUGACUGUGCAGGAUGACGGGGAGUUCUGGAUGACCUUCGAGGACGUGUGCCGGUACUUCACUGACAUCAUCAAGUGCCGCUUGAUCAAUACAUCUUACCUGAGCGUCCACAAGACGUGGGAGGAGGCCCGGCUGCGGGGCGCCUGGACGCGGCACGAGGACCCCCAGAAGAACCGCAGUGGCGGCUGCAUCAAUCACAAGGACACCUUCUUUCAGAACCCACAAUACAUCUUUGAUGUCAAGAAGCCGGAAGAUGAAGUGCUGAUCUGCAUCCAGCAGCGGCCGAAACAGUCUACCCGCCGGGAUGGCAAGGGUGAAAAUCUGGCCAUUGGCUUUGACAUCUACAAGGUGGAGGAGAACCGCCAAUACCGCAUGCACAGCCUGCAGCACAGGGCCGCCAGCUCCAUCUAUAUCAACUCACGCAGCGUCUUCCUGCGGACGGACCAGCCCGAGGGCCGCUUUGUCAUCAUCCCCACCACCUUCGAGCCGGGCCACACUGGCGAGUUCCUGCUUCGGGUCUUCACUGACGUGCCCUCCAACUGCCAGGAGCUGCGCCUGGACGAGCCCCCCCGCUCCUGCUGGAGCUCCUUGUGCGGCUACCCCCAGCAGGUGACCCAGGUGCACGUCCUAGGGGCUGCUGGGCUCAAGGACUCCUCCACAGGGGCCAACUCUUAUGUGAUCAUUAAGUGUGAGGGGGACAAAGUCCGCUCGGCCGUGCAGAAAGGUACCUCGACGCCUGAGUACGACGUGAAAGGCAUCUUCUACCGCAAGAAGCCAGGCCAGCCCAUCACGGUCCAGAUCUGGAACCACCGAGUCCUGAAAGACGAAUUCCUGGGCCAGGUGCACCUGAAGGCUGACCCCGAUCACCUCCAGGCCCUGCACACUCUGCACCUCCGGGACCGCAACAGCCGGCAGCCUAGCGACCUGCCCGGCACUGUUGCUGUGCGCGUCUUCAGCAGCGUCUCCCUCACGGCUGUCUGACACCUGCCCACCUGCCUGGCCUCCACAGUUUUACCAUCUGCAUGUCCCCAACCUGGCCAGGGACUAGCCUGGGAGCCAGGACGCUGGGGGCCUCUUCCCAGCUUUUCCACUGACUUGCUGGGUGACCUGGGGAGGCCUCUGCCCUUCUCAGGGCCUCAGUGUUCCCAGGCCCCCCGAAGCGUUCCCUUCUCGUGGAGGAGCCUUCCUCUGAGAUUGACAGUAGCUCUCCUUCCCCCAGCUGUCACCACUGCGAAGGGACUCUAUCCGUUGAAAACAUUUCCCCAAGGCCCUGCCGUCUGCAGACGGAGUGCCAAGAUGCCACUUGUUCACACGCAAUCUGCCACGUCCCCAAACCCCCCUCUUGGCCCUUAUGUCCUGGGCCCGCCCCUGUGAACCAGACCUUGCUUUCUCUGUCACCGACACCUGGUUUGCUAGCCACCUUGAAAGGACUCUCAGCUCUUGCUGGGUUCCUGCUUGGGCUGGAGUCAGGAAGAUGGGCAGGUGACAUUUGUUCAUUCUCUAAUCCUGUCCGCUUGCCCAUCCAUUUAUUUAUUCAACAGAGAUUUGCCAAAUGAAUGAACGAUGCCCAUGAGGCCCCCGGUGGCGCCAGGCACCUCCCUGCUGCUCUGGGAGACCCGGCGUCUGUCCCUGGCCUCACCCCUGCUCUCAGGUCCUCUCCGAGGCCGAAGCCCAGAUGCCCAGGUGCCCAGAUUCCCAGAGGAGUUAUGGCUGCCAUCUCACCCCAGGCUCUGAUUUCAGUCCUGGCCUCGGUGAAGGCCCCUAGUGGGAUGGCAGCAGCGGUGGGGAGGAAGGGCGUCUUCCUGCCUCUACUGCCUUCAGGCC